GAAGAAUGUUGUGGCAUUCAUAGAUUUAAGGCCCUUCCACACAGCUGUAUAAAAUCCACAUUGAACUGGAUUAUAUGGCAGUGUGGACUCGAGGCCUUUCCACACCUCCAUAUAACCCAGAAUGUCAAGUCAGAAAAUCCCUGCUUUGAACUGGGUUUUGUGAGACCCCUUCCACACAGCUGAAUAAAAUUCCACAUUAUCUGCUUUGAACUGGAAUAUAUGACAGUGUGGACUCAGAUAACUCGGUUCAAAGCAGAUAUUGUGGGAUUUCCUGCCUUGAUGUUCUGGGUUAUAUGACUGUGUGGAAGGGCCCUGAGUCCGCACUGCUGUAUAUUCCAGUUCAAAGCAUUUCGAAUAAUAAUUGGCAGCGUUAACUAUUAUCAUGUACGCUGGAACUCAAUCGACAGACCCAGUUUUUUGAACUGAACACGCCUAUGUGUAUUUUAUAACGUGUUUUAUGAAUACUGAUGUAAGUUAAUAAUAAUUUUUAACUGAUUUAUAUUGCACUGUAUAAUUUUUAUAUAUGUGUUUUUUGUAAGCCGCCUUGAGUCCUCUGUUGGGUGAGAAGGGCGGGAUAUAAAUAUUGUAAUAAAUAAAUAAAGCAGAAAAUGGGGGGGUUAUUCAGCUGUGUGGAAAGGGCCUGUGUUAAAUAACAGGAUGCCUUUGAGGUUCACAAAGCCCUCAUGGCCUAUCACAAAGGAACACAAAAGGCCGGUAAGAAGACUUUUUGGAGAGUUGCUCCUCGGGAAAUGCUUAUUUUUGCUCACAAUAUGUGAUGUGGUUCUCAGGACCCUUCCAGACAGCCCUAUAUCCCAGAAUAUCAAGGCAGGGAAUCCCACAGUAUCUGCUUUGAACUGGGUUAUCUGAGUCCACACUCAGAUAAUGUGGGAUUUUCUGCCUUGUUAUUCUGGAAUAUAGGGUUGUGUGGAAGGGCCCUCCAUGGUAUUACAGGCAUGUUCCCACAUUGCCGAGGUUGCCUUUGCAAGCCAAAGCAUCUUUUGAGUAAAAGAUACGAAGAAGAUGCCACAAUGGGACAACAGGGAAAAAAACCCAUUUUCAUAUUACGUAACAAUAUGUUGUCGAAGGCUUUCAUUGCCGGAAUCACUAGGUUGCUGUGAGUUUUCUGGGCUGUAUGGCCAUGUUCCAGAAGCAUUAUCUCCUGAUGUUUCACCCACAUUUAUGGUAGGCAUCCUCAGGGGUUGUGAGGUCUGUUGGAAACUAGGCAAAUGAGGUUUAUAUAUCUGGAAAGUCCAAGGGUGGGAAAAAGAACUCUUGUCUGCCUGAGGCAAGUGUGAAUGUUGCAUUUGGCCACCUUGAUUAACUUUGCAGUUUUACAGCCUGGCUGCUUCCUAACUGGGGGAAAUCCUUUGUUGGGAGAAACGUCAGGAGAGAAUGCUUUUGGAACAUGGUCAUACACUCCGGAAAAAUCACAGCAACUCGAUAAGACUAUGAUUCUAUUUCAACUGCAAUCUCUGGGCCUGAAUAUGUCCCUGGAAACGACACCUGCUCCCAAAGCGGAGACUGCCCCGCUCUCGGCAGCAAUGAGGGCGAAGAUCGAGAGGAACCGCCAGCGGGCACUGAUGCUGAGGCAGGCAAGGCUGGCCACCAGACCCUACCCUUCAGCCGGGGAAGGCAGUUCCAGAGUUAAGGCCCCUCCAAAGGUAAUAGAUACAGGGGGUGGAUUCUUUCUUGAAGAGGAGGAAGAAGAAGAGGGCACAGUGAAGAAAAUAGUUCAUCCUCCAGGGCCUGUAUUAGAAUUCGAUUAUCUCAUUUGUGAUGAGUGUGGUAAAGAAUUCAUGGACUCCUACCUCAUGAACCACUUUGAUCUAGCAACAUGUGAUAAUUGCAGAGAUGUUGAAAAUAAACACAAGUUGAUAACAAGGACCGAAGCAAAGCAAGAAUAUCUUCUGAAAGACUGCGAUUUAGACAAACGGGAACCUGUGCUCAGAUUCAUUUUGAAGAAGAACCCUCAUAAUGCACAGUGGGGUGACAUGAAGCUUUAUUUAAAGCUACAGGUUAUCAAACGUUCCCUUGAAAUCUGGGGAAGCGAAGAAGCGUUAGAAGAAGCAAAGGAGAGCCGCCAAGACAACAGGGAGAAGAUGAAACAGAAAAAGUUUGAUAAAAAAGUCAAAGAACUACGCCGAGCCAUAAGGAGCAGCACCUGGAAAAAAGACACAAGUAUCCAUCACCAUGAGUAUGGAGCCGAAGAACAGAUAGAUGAAGAUAUGUACAAGAAAAUCUGUACUACAUGUGGUCAUGAACUAACAUAUGAAAAAAUGUAAUGCUCUUAAUUUUACAUGGAAUGCACUUUUUGUAAUGCUGAAUUUUUGUAUCUAUUAAAAUGAAUGGCAUCACUUGC